GCCGGUUCUGCAACCUGCAUUUUCCGAAGUAAUUCCGCCAUUGAUGAAUCCAGAUACAGUAUCGAUGAAUGUGAAAACUUCUCAGAUAAUCCCACGGUGUGGAAUUACGCACGCGAUGUCUGGUUUCGAAGAGGGGAGGAACGGAAUCCUGUCACCUGAUGGUGUAGGAGAGGAAAAGCCAUUUGAUUUCCUACGCUCUUUUUGUGAGGGUGCUAUCGCUGGUGCUGCUGCUGGUGUUGCUGCGGAAGCAGCUUUAUACCCAAUUGACACCAUAAAAACUAGACUGCAGGCGGUUCACGGUGGAGGAAAAAUCAUUUUAAAGGGUCUUUAUUCUGGAUUGGCUGAAAAUGUUGCCGGUGUCUUUUUGGCUUCAGCAUUAUAUGUUGGUGUAUAUGAACCUACAAGGCAGAAGCUGCUAAACGACUUCCCUGAAAAGAUCAGUGCUUUUGCUCAUUUGACAGCAAGUGCUCUAGGAGGUGCCCUAGGAGGUGCAGCUUCUUCCAUUAUUCGUGUUCCUGUGGAGGUUCUUAAGCAAAGGAUGCAAACUGGGCAAUUUGCUUCUGCCCCUGAGGCUGUACGUGUUAUUGUUUCCAAUGAAGGUUUUAAUGGUCUUUAUGCGGGCUAUGGAUCCUUCUUAUUGCGAGAUUUGCCCUUUGAUGCUGUUCAAUUUUGCAUCUAUGAGCAACUACACAUAGGAUAUAAGCUAGCUGCAAAAAGAGAUCUCAGUGAUCCUGAGAAUGCUAUUCUUGGUGCUUUUGCUGGUGCCAUAACUGGAGCCAUUACUACUCCUCUUGAUGUGAUAAAAACUAGAUUAAUGGUUCAGGGAUCAGUAAAGCAGUACAAUGGGAUUUUUGACUGUGCAAGGACUAUAAUGAGGGAAGAAGGAAGCCAUGCUCUUUUCAAGGGUAUUGGACCUAGGGUGGUGUGGCUAGGUCUUGGAGGUUCAAUUUUCUUCGCUGUUCUUGAAAAGAUGAAGCAAAUGCUAGCAGAAAGGCAACCAGGAAAUAAGAAGUCAUUGUCUAUCAAGCAAGAUUGACGUCGCUGCUAAAAGUUCAAUAUAUUUGCUUUGUUGUUUUCAGCGUUUUUCAGUUUCUUUCUCUAUAGCUCUUUGCUAUUAUCAGAGAUGGAAUUGCUCUUCACUUACCUUCUUAUUUCUCCUUUACUUUUGCUCCAUCAUGAUUUUGUACCUAUUCAUGAGUACUUAAAAGAAAUUGAAGCAUGAACCUGCACCAACCUUCCCAUCAUGCUCUUAUUGUAUAUGGUUCUUUAAAUAAUGGAAAUAAGUAACAGAACUGGUGUCAAUUGUGUCAUACAUUUAGGAUUCGAAAUACUGUUUUGUAGUCCGUACAGUCUGGACUGCAAAAAUGGUCGAUUCUUCAGUAGUUAGCAACACUGCAACAAGUGGCUCUUAGAGGCACAAUCAGAGAUGACCAAAAGACAGGUAAUUUUCCUCCAAACUUCUGUGAAUUCGAUCAUGGAUUUAUGUUGUUGGUUAUUUAUUUUUUAGAGUGUGUUUUAGGAAAAGUACUGUGUAUUGCAUGAAAGUUGUUCGACAAAUUGCCUAAGAGGGGGAAGUAUUGUUAAAAUUUUCUGUGUUCUCUAAAUAACACUGAAAUGAUGUG